AUAAGAUGCAAUUAAGGUCGGUUAAGCUAUCUAUAUAAACCCUAACACUCAAUGAUACACAACCUUAACCCCUACACCACAAACUUCACAUAAAUAAUUGUCGUUUGUAACAUCAUCGUCAUCACAAAGGGAAAGCAGCAGCAAAUUAGUCACCUCCCGGCGAAGUCCCUUCGCCCAGCAACCAGCUUCGUUCCCGACCAUCUUCUUCUCGCAAUCCAAAAAUGCAGAUCUUUGUGAAAACCUUGACCGGAAAGACAAUCACUCUCGAAGUUGAGAGUAGUGACACCAUUGACAAUGUCAAGGCCAAGAUUCAGGACAAAGAAGGCAUCCCUCCUGAUCAGCAAAGGCUAAUAUUUGCUGGCAAGCAGUUGGAAGAUGGCAGGACUCUGGCUGAUUACAACAUCCAGAAAGAAUCAACACUUCACCUGGUUUUGAGACUUAGAGGAGGGACCAUGAUCAAGGUGAAGACUCUCACUGGAAAGGAGAUUGAGAUUGACAUUGAACCUACUGACACCAUUGAACGGAUCAAGGAGCGUGUUGAAGAGAAGGAGGGCAUCCCUCCAGUGCAACAAAGGCUCAUAUAUGCUGGCAAGCAGCUUGCAGAUGACAAGACAGCAAAGGAUUACAACAUAGAGGGUGGUUCAGUUCUUCAUCUUGUCCUUGCACUGAGGGGUGGCUUUUUCCUUUAGAUGUUGAGCUUUUGUUAGCAUUCAAGGGUUUGCAGUAAAAAGAAUAUAGUUUAAAAUUAUUUUGGAUAACAUGGCACUUGUGGUUAAAUGCUUACUAUGCAUAACCUCAAUCUUUGGCAGUUGCCUAUGCUUAAUUUAUGUCAUUUGACCAAGCAAUUACAAUAUUCUCCUCAGAUGCUUAAUCGCAUAUUGAUAUGAAGCGGGAAGAGCUUGUGGCGGGACCGGGAUUGGGCCCACUUCCGUGGGCCGGUUACGGGCUGUUUAUUUAUUAUUUAUUAUUAUUUAAAGUUAAUGUUAUGUUUUGGUUUGGGCCUUUUAUUAUUAGUAGAAUAAUUAGUAGGGUAGUAUGGGCCUAAUUAGGAUUUAAUUAAUUUGGGCUUGAUUAGGGUUGCUUGUAGAAGGCUAUUUAUACCCCUCGCCAGGGUUCAUUCUUAUCAUCUUGGAAUAAAAGUUGGGUUUAGCC